AUGGUCAAGACCUUCAGUACCGGGGCCAUCAAGGAAGCCUCAGCCGCGCCACGAGAACCGUGCGUCAACACCCUCCUCCUCUUCCGCCGCUUUGCUCAAGUGCACAGACUGACGAUAGGAUUCUAUCGUGAUGUUGCUCCAGGGCCGCAGAAUGCAGCACUGCCUAGAGGCGUGUAA